AUGAAUAUCUCGUGUUCCCCAGAAACACAAGAUUUCCAGCAAAUCCUUCUAUUCAAUUCUCUACGUCUCUACUUCUACAUCCUAAUGAUAAUCUACACUUCAAGUGUCUUCAUCAUUUUCCCAUUAUUCGUUUAUUUCUCAAAAAUCAAUCGCAACAAAGAUGAGCAAUCUCCAAUUUUUCCAAUCACCAGUCAUCUUUACAAAAUCACCGUUUACUCACAAAUAUUAAUUCUUAUCAACACGAUUUCUUUCAUAAUUCCAAUUUUUUAUUAUGGAAAUAAUCUGCGUGUUAUACAAAUUCUAUUCAAUAUUUCAUUAAUUCUCCAAGCUAUAACUGAUUUUUUCAAUGUUAUAGUUAUCCCAGUUCAAAAUAUUCUAGUAUUUCUUCUAGCUCUUCAAAGAUUCGCCCUUUAUUUCUAUCCAAAUUCCGAAAAAUAUAUCAGUCCUUCUCAAAAAACCUUCAAAUACGUUCUUGUUUUUCUAUAUUCUUUAGCUAUCGGUGGAAAUCUUCUUUUUCAAUAUUUCAUAUUUAAAUGCGCUGUCAACGGGGCUCACGCUCAUCAACAAAUUGUUUGCAAUCCACUUUUACCAAUCACAAAUGCUCUAGUUUAUAUCGGAUGUGAUUUUCUUGUGAUUAUCUCCUCAAUUUUUUAUAUUUUAAUCCUUAAAAGUGUUCGAAACAUCAGGCAUUCUUCAACAGUUAUGACAACUCGACCUGAGAAAGCGAUUCUCUAUCAAACUUUGGUUUUAAUCAUCGUCAAACUAUUAAGCUUACCAAUAAUUCUCUAUUCAAUGAUGUUUUUCGGAUGUUUUGAUAUCACUUCACCGCUGAAAGUUAUCAAUAAGGUUCCAAGUUUUCGGCAGAAAAUUGAACCAGUUAAAUUUUAAAAAAAUUUCAGAUUUUCAUCGGUAUGUUCUUUAGUGACACGUUAACAACUCCAAUCGUAUCACAAGUCGCCUAUCUUUUUUGCAAUAAAACCCAUUUGGAACAUUUGAUGAGGCUGAAUUUCGGAAAAUUGAGAACUUGGCUGAUUGUUUGUUGUGGAGCUAGUUCGAAUAGUGUGAAUUAUGAGCAAGAAGUUGAGAAUUUGGGCGUCGCUUCUUCAACAGCAAAUCAGAUUUCACCGUAG